AUGCAGCAUUCCGUCCUCAAGGCGUCCGGUCACGUGGAUCGGUUCAACGACUUCAUGGUCAAAGAUGUGUCCGAUGAGUCCAAGUUUUUCAGAGCCGACAAGUUGCUCGAGGACGUCAUGGACGAAAAGCUGAAGGCCGCCGACUUGACGGAAGCUCAGCAUGUUGAGUACACCUCUGUGCGAAACCAGGCCGAUGCGUACUCCCAGCAGGAGCUGCACCAGAUCUUUCAGAAGUAUCAGAUCAAGUCGCCCGAGACUGGCAAUGACUUAAGUGAGCCCUACGAGUUCAACUUGAUGUUUCCGACUCCUAUUGGCCCAGGAGGCUACCUGCAGGGCUACCUCAGGCCGGAAACUGCGCAGGGCAUCUUCUUGAACUACAAGUUCUGCUUGGAGCAGAACUCAAACCGGCUCCCGUUUGGCGUGGCGCAGGUGGGGCGGUCUUUCCGCAACGAAAUCGCACCUCGGGCAGGGCUGACAAGACAAAGGGAGUUCACUCAAGCGGAGAUCGAGUACUUCGUGAAUCCCAAAAACAAGGCACAUCCCAAGUUCAAGAUGGUCAAGGACACCGUCCUGACCCUCUUCCACUCAGAUGCGCAGCUCUCAGCGCAGGAGCCUGUCAAAAUGGCGGCGGGCGAGGCUGUCAGCCGUGGCCUUAUCAACAACGAGACCCUCGCCUUCUUCAUUGUGAGGACAUAUCAGUUUCUCCUGCACAUCGGUCUGGAUCAGGCCUUUGUUCGAUUCCGGCAGCACUUGCCGACAGAGAUGGCGCACUAUGCCUGCGACUGCUGGGACGCGGAGAUAUUCGGUUCGUAUGGGUGGCUGGAGUGUGUUGGCAUUGCCGACAGGUCUGCGUUUGACCUAAACGCUCAUGCUCGGGCUGCUAAAUGUGACUUGCAGUACAAGGAAUCGCUGGAGAAGCCGAUUGAGAGGGAGGUCCUGGCACUCACGAAGAAAUCUGGCGUGGACAUCAUGAAGGCCUUCAAAAAGGAUGGACGCGCAGUGAAGGAGUUUAUAGAGAAACUCCCACAAGAGGAGAUUGAAUGCAUCACAAAGCAGCUGGAGGGAGGAAAAGCAGAUGUGCAGGUGGAGGGUUCAUCAUUCACAUUGACCAAAGAGCUGGCGGUCUUUGAGCGAAAGAUGGAGAAGCAGACGGUCAACGCUUUCACACCUGGGGUUAUCGAACCUUCAUUUGGCAUUGACCGCAUCUUUGCGUCUCUGCUCGAGCACGUCUACUACGCCCGUCCGAAGGAGGAGGCAGGAGACGACAAGGACAAGCAGACGCGUGGUGUUUUGGCUUUCGCUCCAUCCUCCGCACCAUACAAGUGUGUCAUUCUACCACUGGACCAGCGGAUUGCCCGUGAUGAGCGCUAUCUGAACAUGAUGGAUGCAUUUCAGCUAGAGCUCGUUGAGCUGGGCUUGUCGUUCACUCUUGAUGAGAGCAAUGCCACCAUCGGAAAAAGGUACUCUCGGAACGAUGAGCUCGGAAUUCCAUACGCUGUCACUUUUGAUUUCGACACCUUGGAGAAAGAUCUGGAAGAUCUGGACCGAACUCCCCGACUGGCUAAGGCGAUUACCAAAAUUGAACUGCUGAAGCAGUUCUUCCAGGCAGAGCCACCAAAGGCCAAAGGCGAAGAUUUGCUGGAACUCUGGGAGCAAAUCUACGACGAGACAGCCAGAAGCACGGUGGUUGAAACAGCGGCAGGGCUUUCGGACGACAGCAAUGCCGCCCUCCCCUAUGAGAAGCUCUAUGCUAUUGUGGGCGACGGCGGCCAUUGGAAGUGGCCGCGCAUCUGGAGGCGAUUUGACGAGCUCGAACGACGAGGAGCCGCCUACCGAGAAGGAGAGCCCACGAACUUCGGCCUGCCGAAUCCAAACCCCGACAUAGAGCCGCAGACGGUCCUCGUCGUGGGUGGUGGCCCAGUUGGACUGCGACUGGCCAUCGAGCUGAAGCUGGGAGGUCACCAUGUAACCGUCUUCGAAAAGCGGCGCGAGGUGCGGGACGAAAGCGGGCAGUUGCAGCAACUUGGGUUCACCAAUCGAAUCAACCGGCCGCACGUCUUCAACUUCCUGCGGAACGACCUGGACCGGCUGAAUGGCCGGGAUUUCAUGUCUUCCAAGAUGUGCUAUCCGGUUUUUACGCAAGCAGAUACAUCCUCGAUUGGCAUCGACGAACUUCAGCUGCUCUUGCUCAAGAACGCCCUGCUUUUGGGUGUUGACUUCCGCAUGGGUAUGUCGUACGAGGAUGCCGAGAUUGUUCUGGAUCCACGAACUCAGAAGCCACGGUGGAAAGUCAAGUUCACAUGUGAUGAGCAGGGAUCCCGCAGCUACGCAGUUCCUCUCGGAGAAAAUUUCCAAACCUUCGAUGUCCUUAUGGGCUGCGAUGGUGCCCGCAGCCGUGUUCGAGAGUCGCAGAAGCAGAUCUUCGGAGAGGUCGACAAGCGCAACUUCAAAAAGAUGAUCGGCGUCGUGGCCAACGUCCAGAAAGUGUCGCGGCAGCGGCUCAAGGAUCUUGGAUUCGCGAGUGGCCAGGAACCCACGGACAUGAAGCGGGCACAUUUGGCAAGUGGAGCAGGAAACAUGGCCGGACUCAACUACUACAAGGCUUCCUUCCACAACUACGUCAUCUUCACACCCAGCAAGGAAGACCUGCUAGCGGCCGGCUUUAGCGGAAGCAUUUACUCCUUUCAUUCUGGCCGUGACAAGGUGAAUCCAAACAAAGCUGAGGAGAAGCUGCGCCUGAAAAGAUGGGUACUGGCGAGAUGCAAAGAGGUCGGUAUUCCUGUGGAUGAGACCCUCAGCAAUGGUGGCUUCGUUGAGGAGCCCAACGACGUGAUGGCUUUCGAUUUCUCCGAAAUAUGGAAAUGCAAGAAGAACUUUGCCUUCAACUUGCCUCCCAUCGGGUAUGACACUGAGGUGCAUGGGCCCUGGACAGGAAAGUCUUUGGUGCCACCGAUAGGCUUGGUUGGAGAUGCAGUGACGGAGCCAUUUUGGAUCGCCGGAGUGGGCUUGCAGCGGGGUUGGAACGGCGUGAUGGAUGCAUGCUUCUUAAUCGACAACCUGUACAACAUGAGCUUUUCUGGUGGGCCAGAUGCUGCAGAUACCAUGUCCUGGAAUGAGCAUGUUCAGAAGUUACAGAGCAUCAUCCCAGUCCUCUACGACUGCAGCCAUGAUGGCAAAAUGACCAGGGAAGGCUUGCAGGGAGAAUAUGCUGACCAGGGAGUCGUCAUGACGCAGCUGAACAAACAGCAAAAGGACUCAGAGAAGCCCCAGUGGCAGCUGCAAGUGAACCCCUGGACGCGCUACGAGCAGUUCUCAAAGCAGUUGGAGGAAAAAUACAAAGGUGCACGUGUUCUGGAGAAUAUGCAUCCUACAGUGCGGCGAGCUUUGGCCAUCAGGAAGCACCCGAACGACAGCGAGGUUUUCAGCGCCAAAAAGCUAAAGUCCAUCAACGGAAAGAGCAUUGCACAGGCAGACCCAGCAGAUCAAGUUCUUCACCCGGGGCGAAAAUCGUCUGGGGAUGCUCAGUUGCAGCCUAUGCCGGCAGAGAGAACAUCCAUACCGGAAACAGAAGUGGCGAGGCGUGCAUCCACAAAGUCCGAGAAUCUGCACAACAUGCUAGCAAAGCAAAUCGACCUUCACGUUCAAAGCACAGCUUCCAACAGCACAAGAGGCUUUGAUGACGAACGGUGGAAGCCCUUGUCCCCGAAGGCGACCGGCUUUGCCGAGAUGGCUGAGAAGCAGUGGGAUAUACUUACA